AUGGCAAAGGAGUUUGAAAUGACGGAUAUUGGUCUCAUGAGUUACUAUCUUGGGAUCAAGGUCAAACAAGGUGAAGAUGGGAUUUUUAUAUCCCAAGAGGGCUAUGCUAAAGAAGUGCUCAAAAAGUUCAAUAUGAAUGAUGCUAAUCCAGUUGGAACACCGAUGGAAUGUGGAGUCAAAAUCAACAAUCGAUUUAUGGAGGAACCGACAGCAACACAUUACAAAAUGGCAAAAAGGAUACUUCGCUACAUCAAAGGGACGAUUAGGUAUGGUCUUUCCUAUGUCUCUUCAAGCAAUUUUGAUAUUGUUGGUUAUUGUGAUAGUGAUUGGAGUAGUGAUUUGGAUGAUCGAAAGAGCACUACGGGGUUUGUGUUUUUUAUUGGUGAAACGGCGUUCACAUGGAUGUAA